CAGAGGGAGCCCACCGCCCCGCAGGCAGCAGCGACUGGACAGGCCCAGCCUCCCUCUGCUCCACCUCCACUCGUCCCAUCGCGGGUGGGCAGGGUUCGCCCCAUGGCGACGCCGGGACCGGGCGCGGCAGAGUGGGGCCUUACGACUGCUAGUCUGGUCCAGCGGGGAGGAGUGAGAGGAGGAGCCAGAGCGGCCUGUGCGACAAAGCCCAGUGCGCAGGGAGCUGGUGACCAGGAAGCAGAACACCGCCGGGCUGUCGCGGGGCGGGCGGACCCCACCGAAGCUCGCUGCCCCACGCCGCCGCCCCCCCGGGGGGUGGGAGGCCAGUCCUGCCGCCCCCCUGGCUCGGGGGUCGGGGCGGCUGCGGAGCGAAGUGGGAGGAGGUCGGGCUGCUGCUAAGCCGCUUAGGGCCGGGGCUGGCAUGAGCUUCCCCGGCGGGGCGGCUGCGGGCUGCGCGCUGCGGCGGGGAGGCUGAGGGCUCGGAGCCGCCGCUGGCGGGGGCUGGCAGUCUGUCCCUGAGGAGGAGGUGGAAAGGGAGCCCUGCUCCCCCGGGGGAAAAUGGGGAACUGCCUCAAGUCUCCCACCUCCGAUGACAUCUCCCUGCUACACGAGUCUCAGUCGGACAGAGCCAGCUACGGGGACGGGGCCGAGCCGGAUCAGGAGCCGCCGCCGCCAUAUCAGGAGCAAGUCCCUGUUCCUGUUUAUCACCCAACUCCUAGCCAGACUCGGCUGGCAACGCAGCUGACAGAAGAGGAACAGAUCAGAAUAGCGCAGAGGAUAGGCCUUAUUCAGCAUCUACCCAAAGGAGUCUAUGAUCCUGGAAGAGACGGCUCCGAGAAGAAGAUCAGAGAAUGUGUCAUUUGUAUGAUGGACUUUGUUUAUGGGGACCCUAUCCGAUUUCUGCCGUGCAUGCACAUUUACCACCUGGACUGUAUAGAUGACUGGUUGAUGAGAUCCUUUACCUGUCCAUCCUGCAUGGAGCCAGUGGAUGCAGCACUGCUUUCAUCCUAUGAGACUAACUGAGCCAGCGUUUCUCCACUGAACCUUCAAGGAGACCAUCCACUUCAAUGGGUUUGAUCCUUUUGUCAUUCAGCCCAAAGAGCCAGGAAUUAGGAAUUAAGAUCAUGCACAAAGUAGACAUUUCCUAAAAAAAUAAAAAUAUUCCUGAAUGGCUGCGACUAUUGGAGGAAGAAAAAACAACAUAGUAUUUUAGAGACUAUAGAAAAGUAGGUUGUUAUUUUUAAUGUAAAGCCUUGACCCACCCUUGUCUUUUAAUGUUUGUUCUUACACCCAUAUAUAGGAAUUGUGUAAAGCAUUCCAGCAGCUGUAAAUGUUUGACCUGCGUGUAUCCAGUUUUAUUAGCAGCAAGAUAAGAGUACUUCCCCCCCCCCCCCAAAUAAAGUAACCAGUUUUGUUCUGAUUCUUUUCACAAGUCCUGGCAUUUGGGUCAAGGCUUUAUUGAAAUCUACAUUUUAUAACACUGGCACAAAGAAAUAGUUUUAAGCUUGUUUGCACAGUCCCUUUUUUUUUUCCUUUCUCUUCUCUCCCCUCUAUUGGAGAUGGAAUUCAUUGCCUUAGGUCUUUUUAAUAGUGUAUUGUUAUUGUUGGGCUGGCUCUAUGCUUGAAAACCAGUUUAUUUAUAACCUGUUAAAAGUGCUAUAUUUUGUUUGCAGUUAGGAAUAUGCAGACUUUAAAAGUGAUCUCCUAGCUUGUAAGCAAAGUGAGAUGCACUAUCCCUUUUCUAUAAGUGAUGAAGAAUAUGAAGGGUCUGACACAAGUCCCAGAGUGAAAUUAUGGGGUCAUGAUUGCAAUCACUUGCUGCAGUUGAUGACGAAACAGUCCUGAAACCUAAAUCUGUCACCUUGAUCAGCUUAAAAGUGGGCCAGAUGGAUGAUAAAUAGCUAAGAUGCCAAAACUGAAAGAAAAAAUUGGAACUAACGUAGUGUGGACACUGAUCACUUCCUCUAAUUGUUUUUCCCCUCCCUAAAAAUGGUUGUCUUGAAUGAUAGCAAAUGGAUACUGCAUCUCUUGUCCUUGUAGUUCUUAGGUUAUCAGAAGUUAAGAAUAAACAUACUGUAUCUCAGUCUCCUGCAUUAAAUGUAUCUGUUAAGCCCUGCUGGCUGACACCUCAGUCAACCAAACAGAGAUGAAAUCAGAGAUGAAAAAGAUGUAUUUUGUUUAUCUAAGCACAGUCUGUCAUGCUGGCAGCUGAGGGGGAAAACAGUACUGCUGUAGUGACACAGCUAGCAGAUCUCUGUAGCCCAGCAGCAGGUGCUUGUAAAGAGAUGGUCUAGCAAAGAUGGUAGCUGUAAAGACCUUUUAGCCACUCAGCAUAGUUUAUUUUCUUUUCAUUUUCUCUUCCCCCUCCCCCACUUAACAUAUCCUGCUGUGACUUUUAAUGCAGUGCUGGCACACUGAGAAGUCUUGCUCUUGCAACAUCAGAUACAGUCUGAAGUUAGCCAGAACAAGGCAGAGAAUAUCCUUUGUUUUUUAUAGAGUUUGAGUGCUUGCUAAAACAAGAGGUCGUUAGACACCCAAGUACUUUGAAGACUCAGUGUAUUUACAGUAGAGCAGAAUUGUGCAUGUUGUGGAUAAUUCUUGAGGGGUUGGUUAGCCAAAUGUAGAUUCAACCUGUUGACUGAUUAUUCCUGCAGCUCACAGCAACCUGCUCUCUUAGAGAAGAACUCCAAGUAGCAGUCAGAAGGAACUGAAGGCAGUCUGCAGUUCUAGAUUCACUCUAAUGGCUACACAUUCAUCUGGACACACUGUUUUAAAAGCUGGAUUUAUUCAUACCUAAUUACAUGGAACAAAACCUGGGAAGAAAGACCUGAAGUUGUGCAAUAUCACUGUUCCUUUUCAUCAUUCCAUGUGUGUUCCUUUGUGUCCUCUCUUUUGUUCGUCUUGGGAGUUUGUUUUUUUGGUCAAAUGAUGUCCAUACCAGGUAUCAUUUCUUCUCUUGUUAAAACUGGCAAUGAAUAGUUUGAACAAACCUAA